GUUCGAGGUCAUCAUGGUCAUCAUCAUCCGCAGCAGCACGAGCACUUCAAGCAAAGACGAAGAGGUCGACGCGUUCUAUUCUGCUGCCUCGCUUCGCCCAGACAGCUUUUCGCCACGCACAAUCCCCCCGAUUCCGGAUAAGAGAGAAGAGGCAGCGAUUCAACAACCAUGUUGCGUUUCGCGGGCACCGUCACGCUCCUCCUUUUCUGCACUGCGCUGUGCCACUGUGCACCUGGUUUACAGUUGCCCGAGGCUUGUGACACGAAUUCGUGCAACGCAAGCUGUACGAAACACUUAGAAGGCUGGCCCGCCCCGGACGCUUACGGGAAGUGCAAUGAGAAGGGCGUGUGCCGCUGCUACCAUCGGUCAAUGUGCGACAAGGCGAAAUGCGCGAGCACGUGUACUGAGAAGCACGGGAACGAGGCCAAUCUCCGUGCUGCAUGCGUCGAUGGCGUCUGCACCUGCAAGUGGAACAAAAAAUGCGAGCUGUCUGAAUGUGAAGCCGCUUGCAAAGAAGUUUACGCCGGAAAGCCCAACAUUGAAUGGCACUGCGAGGAUGACAUGUGCUACUGCAAGUGGCACGGAGUGUUGGGAGGUGCAGCGCAUGCCCCGCCUGGUCAGAAACGCGUGAAGAGGAUCCAACUGGUCGAAAGUGACUCGUUCGACCUAGAGAAAGGGGUUCAGUCUUCGGAUGCGAAAAAAGUCGUACAGUGACCUUCUAACGGCUCAGCACCAUCGUGGUGCCAAACAUUUGCAACAGAAAAAAAAAAACAUGCUUGCAGUGCUGAAUAAAAAGGGCGUCUUUUCUUCUA